AUGGCAAGCUCCAAGGUCCUAGGGGCUGCUUUCAUUGCUCUGCUCAUUCUGGACCUUGCAUUUGCUGCCAGGGUCCCAGAAAGGUUACUCGCCGGAAGAGGUGGCGGAGGCGGUGGAGGAGGAGGAGGUGGUGGUGGUGGUGGUCUUGGACGUGGUUCUGGGUAUGGAUCAGGGUAUGGGUCAGGUGGGGGUGAAGGGUAUGGUGGAGGAUCACUAGGAGGAAGUGGUGGUGGUGGCAUAGGAGGAGGUGGUGGUGGCGGUGGGGGGUUGGGUGGUUCGGGAUACGGGUCCGGAUAUGGGUCAGGGUAUGGAUCCGGAUACGGUUCUGGUGGCGGUGCGAAUGGUGGAGGAGGAGGUGGGAAAGGUGGAGGAGGUGGUGGAGGUGGAGGUUCCAAUGGUUAUGGGUCUGGUUAUGGUGAAGGAAGUGGUUAUGGUGAAGGAGGUGGGAAUGGAGGACGAGGUGGAGGCGGUGGUGGUGGAGGUGGCGGAGGAGGUGGUAGUGGAGGUUCUGGCUAUGGAAGUGGGUCAGGGUAUGGGUCUGGUUGGGGUGGAGGAGGAAAUGAUGAGUCCCCAUAA